AUGUAUCGUUUUAUUAAAACUAUUACUUUAAUAAUAAUAAUAAUAUUUUUAUUUUCUAUUAACCUUAUAAAAAGUGAUCAAAAAGAAAAACCAAAAUCUUUUAAAUCAAUUUAUUCAAGUUAUUUAUUAAAUAAUAAUAAUAAUAAUAGUAAUAAUGAAAAUUUAAUUAAACAAACAAAAAUUAAAAGUUCAAUUAAAGAAUUAUCAGUUGGUAUAAUUGGAGCAGGCAUUUGUGGAUUAUAUUCAGCAAUGAUUUUACAAGAUUUGGGUAUAAAUUAUAAGAUAUUAGAAAUUAGUAAAGAAAGAAUCGGUGGUAGAAUUUAUUCACAUAGAUUCUCUGAUCAAGUCAAUGAUUAUUCUGAACUUGGUGCAAUGAGAAUACCAAUUAUUCCAAUAAUGGAUAGACUAGUUUCAAAUGAAAGUUGGUCAUUAUUUUCUAAACUUUUAAAAUCAGGUCACCCAAUUAAAACUUAUCCAUUCAUAUUAUCAUCAAAUAAUACUAUAACUUAUUUUAAUGGUAAAAGAGUUUAUUCAAUUUUACCAUCAUCAACCAAUAAUGAAACUAAAAAUCCAAUGUCUGGUGAUCCAUUUGAUUUUAGUGAUUCAAAAAAUGGUGGUAAAGGUGGUGGUAUACCAGAUGAGUAUGCUCAAAAACCAUAUGGAGAUUUAACAAAAUCUUUAAUAACACCAUUUAUUAAAAAUUUAACAAUUGAUUUUGAUAAUGCUUUUAAAAGUAUUUUAGAAAUUGAUAAUUAUUCAACUAGAGAAUAUUUAAAAAAGUUUGCUAAUUUACCAAAUUCUGUUGUAUGUAUAUACAUUAAUUAUCUUGAAACAUUAUCAGGUAAUACAGGUCAAUAUGAAAAUUCAUAUGUUGAAUCAAUAUUAUCAACAUUUGAUUUUAGUGGUAAAGAUUGGAUUGGUAUUGAAGGUGGUACUGAUAAUUUAAUUAAAUCAAUUUCUAAAAUUUUAAAGAAUAAAAUAGAAAUGGGACAAGAGGUUAUAAAAAUUUCAAAAUCAUUAGAUCAUAAUGGUGAUAUUAAUGGUUUAAUUGUUGAUGUUUUAAAUGAUCAUUCACCAACACCAUCACCAUCAUCAUCAUCCUCCUCAACAACAUCAACAAUAAAUAAAAAUCAAUUUAAUUUUAAACAUGUUAUUUCAACAACAACAUUAUCAGCAUUACAAAGAAUUGAUACAAGUGAUUUAAAUUUAUCAUUAAAACAAAGAUUAGGUAUUCGUUCACUUCAUUAUAGUGUUGCAAUAAAAGUUGCAAUUAAAUUUAAAUAUCGUUGGUGGGAAGAUUUUCAAUUUAUGAAUGGUAAACCAAUUAAAGGUGGUAGAUCUUCAACUGAUCUUCCAAUUAGAUCUAUAGUUUAUCCUUCUUAUGGAAUUGGUAAAAAUUCAACUGGUGUUUUAAUUGCAAGUUAUGUUGGUGGUCAAGAUGCACUUAGACUUGGUAGUUUAGUUGGUUCAGUUGAAAAAGAAAAAAGAUUAAUAAGAAUAUGUUUAGAAAAUCUUGCUGAAAUUCAUGAUGUUGAUGUAAAUAUCUUAAGAAAAUUAUAUAAAACACAUAAAUGUAUGCAUUGGUCAAAUGAUGAAAAUGUAACUAUAAAUUUAUCUUUUUAUGCAUCAGGAGCAUAUGGAUUAUAUUGGCCAUCACAAUUUUUAGAAUUUUAUCCAAGUUUAACUAAACCAUCAACAGAUGGUAGAUUUCAUAUCUCAGGUGAAUCAACUAGUAUUCAUCAUGCUUGGAUUAUUGGUGCUCUCAAUAGUGCAUAUAGAUCAGUUGAUAGAAUUUUAAGACAAGAAAACCUCUUACAAUUAAGAUCAAAAUUAAUUGAAAAUUGGGGAACAAUUGAAAAAGUUGAAGAUCCUUCAUUACCUUUAAAUUGGUUUGAAAAUGAUAAUUUCAAUCGUAAUUUAUUUAAAAAUAAUAGUAAUAUUAAUAAUAAUAAUAAUAAUAAUAAUAAUAAUAAUAAUAAUAAUAAUAAUAAUAAUGAAAAUUAUAUAUUUAGUGAUUUUAAACAUUAA